AUGGCGGUGAUCGGAAGACCUUGGCAUGCUUAUUAUACUUGGAACCAGCAAUUUAGGGACAUGUGCUUGAAAACUAUCUUUAAAGUUCCUAACAAUAUGAAUCAGUUAGUUAGGUUCUUAAAACAAAAAUUCUACGGACUGCACGAAGAACCAAUAUGGUCGAAGGCUGAACUGUUGAUGUAUAUGGGCGACUGUAAGCAGAUAGUGUUGUUCAGGGACCGUAGUGGAGUUCACGGUCAGUUCGAUGGUUUACCAUGUUUCAAACGGGAUGACUUUCCACAUGAAAUACCAUUAAGAACACCAUAUAAGAUAACUAUAAAAGUGAUCGAAAGGGGUAAAUACCUUCUCAUAUCUGAUUGCACCACAGGAAUAACAUUUUUGUUACUUCACCCAGAGGAAAGGCCACCCCGGGUGGAAAUCGAAGCUUUUGCGGCUAAGUUCAAUUUUGGUGAUAUGUACCCAGCGUGUACUAAGGAACUUGAUCCCGUGAUAAAUAAUGUUACAGAAGAAGAUGUCACUGAAGUCAGUACUACGAGUACCAAGAAGUACUCAAAAUAUGAUUGGUGA